UGUUUGCUCGUGUAAAGUUGGUUCUGGUCAUUUCUAGCCUAGUGUUCUGACACGUUUCCAUUCUGUGGUCUGUUCUGUUGUUUUUGGAUUUCCGGAUGUUCAGACUCUGCCAGCUUUGUGUUUUGGAUUAUAUGUUUGUACAUUAACUUGAUAUUAUUAUGACCAAUUUAUUUGUAUAGUGCUUAUUUGUACAGCUUUACAAAGAGCCCAGGCCUGAGACCCUCAGAGCAAGCUUAGGUCCACAGGGGCAGGAGAAUCUCCCUGACUAACAGGAGGAAACCUCGAGCAGAACCAGGCUCAGAGGAGCCCAUCUGCUUCUGGCCGGCACUGGGUGAACCAUGAAAAAUAUAGACGAUUAUCCAGGAAGGUCCAUUCUUGGCACAAGGAGGGAAGAAGUGGCAGGCUAGCUGAACCUGGGGUCAAGUUGUGGUGCUUGAGCUACAGCUCCAGCCCGGAGCCUGGAGCUGGGGGAGAUGGGCAGAAACAGAACAAUGAUUAGUGGAUGCUCACCAUAAACGAUGGCCUUAAACCACAUCUUACCCUUAUUCACCUCCCUGUCUCCUCCUCUGUCCUACCCCACCUCUGCAGCCUCUCGCAGUGCCUCCCCCCCCUCCUCCCUCCACUCCCCCCUCAUUAACGACACCACAGACCAGCGCCCCAUCGUGAGCAAUGACAUGUCUGCCCUGCUGGGUGCGCUGAUCCUCACCCUGGUCUUCCUCCUGGGCCUGCCCGGGAACAUCUUCAUCAUCUGGAGCAUCCGCGCCCGCGCCCGCCGACGCUCCAUCACCACCCUCCUCAUCCUCAAUCUGGCGUGUGCCGACGGCUUCCUGAUGGCGCUCACGCCCUUCUUCGUGGCGUACCUGGCGCGACAGAGCUGGGACUUUGGGAACGUGGGCUGCAAGCUGCUGUUCUACCUGUGCUGUGCCAAUAUGUACGCGUCCAUCCUGCUGAUGACCCUGAUGAGCCUGCAGAGGCUGUCGCUGUUGGUGGGGCCGCGUUGGGCUCGGGGGCUGGGGGCACGCAGUACUGUGCUCCGCCUCCUGGGGGCGCUGUGGCUCCUCGUGCUGCUGCUGUCCCUGCCUCCGCUGCUGUUCCGCCAGCAGAGGAAGAUCAGCACCAAACUCCGCCUUGUCCUUGUGUGUGAGCCCGAACACAGCCCGCAAGAACUUGUGAUCCACUACACGUUUGAGACGGUGAUGGGCUUUGUGCUCCCGUAUGGCGUGAUCAUCUGCAGCUACGCCUGCAUCCUGUGUCGCCUCCGCCAAACCCGCUUCCACCGCCGCAUCCGCAGCGAGAAGCUCAUCCUCGUCAUCAUCACCACCUUCGGCCUGCUGUGGCUGCCCUACCACAUCAACAACAUGGUGCAGGUCCUGGCUAAGCUCCUUCCAGCAUCCUCACCCCUCAGCAAUAGCCUGGAUAAGAUGGGGCGGUUGAGCCGUGUGGUGACGUCAGCGAUAGCCUUCAGUAGCAGCAGCGCUAACCCGAUGCUGUACGCGCUGGCAGGGAAGGUGCACCUGCGGCAGGAGGGCCUGGGCUUCGUGGCACGGCUCUUUGAGCUCAUGGCGCUCGACACCGGCACCAGGAGGGUCCGGCAGGCCAGCUGCCGUCCUGAGCUCCACCUCAGAGACAGAGAGGCAGAGUCAUCAGGAAGCCCCGGCCACAGCGCUGCCCUCAGCCCCACCUCUGCCCUCGCACUCAACUCCAUCUUAAACUCCGCCCCCACAGCCAGCACCAAGCUCUCCAACAGCAGGCAGAAGAGCCAGAGAGAGUGACGACUCCUUCCUGUCCCCGAUCCCCCCUCCCUCCAUUCCUCAUCCCUCCCUCUCUGCAGGCUGUGGAUCGUGGGGUGGGGUCCAAACACACUGUUCACUGCCCUGAUGGGCUGCUGAAUGGGGGAGGGGGUUUGUGGGGGUGUGCUCAGAUGAAUUUCAUCCAGAUGUGGAACUGCGUGUGCUCUAAUCGCCCUGCUUGCUACAUGCACAUAAUGCAGCAACAGUGAUGAAUGAACAAUGAGCAACAGCAAGAGUCACACUUACAGUACACAUAUGUAAGACAGGCAUAUGACAUGUACACGUAUGUAAGAGAGGCAUAUGACAUGUACAUGUAUGUAAGUGAGGCAUAUGACGUACAUGUAUGUAAGAGAGGCAUAUGACAUGUACAUGUAUGUAAGAGAGGCAUAUGACAUGUACAAGUAUGUAAGAGAGGCAUAUGACAUGUACAUGUAUGUAAGAGAGGCAUAUGACCUGUACACGUAUGUAAGAGAGGCAUAUGACAUGUACAUGCAUGUAAGAGAGGCAUAUGACAUGUACACGUAUAUAAGAGAGGCAUAUGACAUGAGAGCAGCAGUAGAUGUACAAUGUCACCUGGCACUUUAUUCUGCUAAAAGUGUGCACUGUGGAAUUCAAAUGACGCUCACAUGGAGUAUUUAAUAUUCCCCCCACCAUGACACCACAUGACAUUACACCAUUACACACCAUUACACCAUAUUACACACCAUUACACACCAUUACACCAUAUUACACACCAUUACACACCAUUACCCCAUAUUACACACCAUUACACAUCAUUACACACCAUUACACAUCAUUACCCCAUAUUACACACCAUUACACACCAUUACCGCAUAUUACACACCAUUACACACCAUUACCCCAUAUUACACACCAUUACACACCAUUACACACCAUUACCCCAUAUUACACACCAUUACACACCAUUACCCCAUAUUACACACCAUUACACCGUAUUACACAGCAUUACACAGCAUUACACAGCAUUACACCAUAUUACAAAACAUUGCACACCAUUACCCCAUAUUACACACCAUUACACAUCAUUACACACAUUGCACACAUUACACACAUUACCCCAUAUUACACACCAUUAUUUUUCUUUUCUUUUUUUAAAUUGCAGCCACAUGAUUUGCUGCUCGGAAGAGUUGACUAUUUGUAUUAGCAUGUGUUCCGAAUAAAGUGACCACUGAGUGUACGCACACACAAUAUGUUUUGUGUACGCACACACACAAUAUGUUUUGUGUACGUACACACAAUAUGUUUUGUGUACGCACACACAAUAUGUUUUGUGUACGCACACACACAAUAUGUUUUGUGUACGCACACACAAUAUGUUUUGUGUACGCACACACAAUAUGUUUUGUGUACGCACACACAAUAUGUUUUGUGUACGCACACACAAUAUGUUUUGUGUACGCACACACAAUAUGUUUUUCAAUGUAAAACCAAAAUGUGUGCAGUAGAGGUGACCCCAAUGCUAAACCAACGCUAAUAGAUAUUUUGUAUUUGGUAAACUGUUUAAUUUUUGUUUCAUAUUAAAGUACUUUUUAUACAUUUAUUUUAUUUGUUUUACAUUUACUUUGUUUUACUUUUCUUAUUGAUUCUAUUGGCUCUAUUGUUGUUACAAGUUUUAUUGUCUUUUAUUGUUUUUUAUUGAUUGAUUAUAUUUAUCGAUAGAUUUUUUUAUUUUUUAUUUUUAUUUUAUUAAAAUGAUGAGCCAAUUUAGGCUGUCAUGAAGUUUUUCUUCUUCAUGAAAGACCUGUGAUCAUUUGAAAGUAACUAAAUAAUAUCCGAUAAAGCAGGAUUAUGAAGCAGGACUGCUAUAUUUCAGUAGAUUUAGUCUGCUUGAGGAAGUCAGUCUGACAGAAAUAUCUGCUUUGCUGCCUCAGUAAAAAAAUAAAAUAAAAUAAAGCACUA